AUGGUCAUUUUUGUUCGAAGCAAAUGGAAACCCACUCGUGCAUUCUCGUCAUCCGCUCCAGCCUCUCAUCACCCGCCGCCGUGCGAGAUCCAUAACACUAUAGAGCAACGAGCCAAGGCAAACAACACAAUUUUCGAGAGAGAUUCGGGGCACGACACGUGUCUUGAAUUCGGUCGCAUAUCGACCCGAAAUAACAAUAAGGCCGCCGUUGCUGUCGCUGCCUCACAUCCGACGCCGCCUCCUGGAGCUCCAUCAUCAUCACCAUCACCAUCCGACGCGCCCGAUGCUGGUCCUAUGCCAUUGAGAGCUCCGGCAACUUUCACUGCCUCGUCAUCGUCUUCAGCAACUGCCACUGUAUUGGCAACAGAAUCGGAAGGAGCGACAGGCGCAGGAGCGCCAGUAGCAGCAACCGGGCGCGUGGAUGUGCUGGGAAGGUGCAUCCCGUGCCGGAAGGAGCGACUCACUGCACGACGGUACCGAAGGAAGGUGAUAACUGGGUUGAUCCUUCCCUUCGCACUCCAAGCCCUCGACGUCACAAUCAUUGCAACCGCCCUUCCUUGGAUAGCGACUGAUUUUGAUCUUUUGACUCAAUCAACUGACUCGCUUCGUUUUAUUCCUGCCCCAUAUUUAGGCGAAGUCUCCCAGCUGAAUUGGAUUAUCUCUGCGUUCAACCUCACAUCCGCGGCCUUUAUCCCGUUCUGGGGCCAGGCCGCCGACAUCUUUGGACGCCACACUGCCAUCCAAGCCGCCCUUGUCAUCAUGAUGGUCGGCAGUGCCUUGUGCACUGCAGCGCCCAAGUCGACUUUUGCUGUCCUGCUUCUCGGUCGUGCCAUCCAAGGUCUCGGCUGCGCGGGGCUCAACGUUGUUGUCCGCGUCAUUCUACUCGACCGCGUCUCACUGCGAGAGAACGCGAAAAAUUGGUCCAUCUUCUCCUUCACGGCGGGCAUGAGUUAUGGCGUGGGCCCGGUCGUCGGCGGUGCACUGACUAAUGUUAACUGGCGAUGGUGCUUCGCAGUAAACCUGCCAAUUUGCGUAGCUGCACUGGCUCUUAUUUACAUUAUCCUGCGGCCUGAGCUGCUGGGACCACAGACGCAAGAACAUUCUUCAAACUCGCCCUUACCGGAGGCUACGGCAGGACGAUCGAGGCCCGACUCCUCGGACCAUUUCGAGCCGCCUUCGGUUCGUUCUGGCCCCGUUCGGCCUUGUAUGAGCUCGCUCCCAACGCGUCUAUCCACGCCGAUUAUAUCCCGCAUCGCUUCCAUCGACAUCGGCGGGCAACUUCUCUUUCUGUUUGGUCUCGGACUGCUCAUCUUGUCUUUGACCUGGGCGGGCGCGACAUAUGGAUGGGCCACCGCGGCCGUGCUGGUGCCGCUCUUUGCCGGCUUGGUGCUUGUUGCCGCAUUUGUCGGUUAUGAACGCUUCAUGGCACCAGGCCGCUUGUUUUCCCGGAUGUGGCCUCAUCAAAAGCCGAUGCUAACAUGGACAUUGUUCGGCAGCAAGGAUAUCGGCCUGUUAUUUUAUAUCAACUUCGCGACAGGGGCAGCAAUGUACUCGCUGUACGGACCAACAUAUGCAGGCACACAACUUCUCUUCUACACCCCCGGACUUGGCAUCGGCGUUUACCUAUCCAUGUACUUUCUCAACGGCUGGCCCCGUAGCACCUUUGUGCCGCUCAUGCUGGGAUCCAUCGUCGAGGCCGUUGGUGUCGGAAUCUUAGCAUGGGCGCUAUGGAACGGCCAUCUUCCGGCCAUUUUCGGUAUGAUGGCCCUGACAGGGGUGGGCACAGGUCUGCGGCUGAUGCCCGCCUCGCUCCAUGCCGUUGGGCUCUUUCCACAGCAUGUCGCCACCGUCGUCUCGCUCAUGGCCGUCGCACUGCCGCUCGGAGGAACGUUGGCAAUAACAGUCAUGGCGGCUGUCUUCAACAAUACCUCUGGUAUCGCGAGCUCAUCACCACUGAGAACUGUAAAGACGCUCAACGAACUGCCUCCAGAUGCCCUGGCUGAUGUUGUGAACAGAGCAAAGAUGGGAAUUGUUUGGGCCUAUGUUGCGAUUACGCCCUUUAUGAUUACGUGCGUGAUUACGGCUCUGUUCCUUGGAAACGUCCAAAUUGCCAAGGAUGCUGCAAAGAGAGGCAAAGCGGUCAAGGCAAAGUCAGUGGUAUCAAGCCCGAGUCCGAGUCCGAUGCCAGCCAAAAAUGGAAGUGAACGCUCCAAAAACGAUGGUGGACGCAUAGUUCGAGGUGUCUACUUGUUAGCAAAGCUCCGUGGCCGGACAGGUUUGCAACAAGAUGAAGAAAGCCACGGUUCUCGGAAUAACAUGCAAAGCCGACGACACGAGGGCGGUCAUUCGUUACCACCCGCGAUGAUUACACGCGCAGCACCUCGUGAAAAGACAAUACAAGCUUUUGUUGAGCUAUGA